AGCAGCUGCACUAUCACACACUCAGCAUCACCAAGAGCGGCCAGAGGUGUUUGUUGCUCACAGGCAGCGAGCUCCAGUGGUUAGAGUGCGCCCAUAGCCUGUUUACUCACAGGAGUUUCGCACUAAUUCCCGUGCAGCUCGGUUCAGCCUGUUCUCGCCCAAAUCCUUCAUCCGACCGGCCGGCUCAGUUUUCCCAUCAUGAGUGCCUUGUCCUCCCUCACGUCCCCUUCCUCCUGCCCUCACAUGUACAACAUACCCACCUACCAGAGCAACAGCGCCGCACCAAAUGUCACCAGCGCUGCAACUGGGCUCAACCACGUGAUCCUGAGGCAUUACAACUACACCGGCCGUCUGCAGAACAGGACCAUCGCGAACUCCCAGAACCAGAUCAGUGUCUCCGUGGCCGUCUUCCUGUUCUUCAGCAUUUUCAUCAUCCUGGAGAAUCUCCUGGUGCUGGUGGCCGUCAUCUCCCGCAUCCGCCGCAGCCGUCGUUGGGUGUAUGUUUGCAUUGCCAACAUCACACUCAGCGAUCUCCUCACCGGAGCCGCUUACCUGGUGAACAUCUGCUUGUCUGGCAGCCAGACCUUUCGCCUGACGCCUGCUCUGUGGCUCUUCAGGGAGGGCAUGCUGUUUGUGGCCCUGGCAGCCUCCAUAUUCAGUUUGCUGCUGAUUGCUGUGGAGCGUUACACCACUAUGAUGAAGCCACUUCCCCAGAAGUCAACCAGAAAGACCUACUAUCGAAUCUAUGGCUUGGUAGCGCUUUGUUGGGGUUUGGCGCUGGUUAUUGGCUUUCUCCCCUUGCUGGGCUGGAACUGUGUGUGCAGCCUGGAUGGAUGCUCCACCCUGCUUCCUCUCUACUCCAAGACUUACAUCUUUUUUUCUCUCAUUAUUUUUUUCCUCAUCCUUCUGGCUAUCGGUGUGCUCUAUGGUGCCAUCUACUGCCACGUGCACAAGAGUGCUCAGCUAGCGCCCCAGCGCAGUCGCAAGCGCUCCUUAGCUCUGCUGAAGACUGUUAUCACCAUUGUCGGGGUCUUUAUGCUCUGCUGGGGGCCGCUCUUCAUGCUGUUACUGGUAGAUUUCUUCUGUGUCUCCCGCCAGUGCGCACUGCUAUUCAGCGCUGAAUUUUGCAUCUCCCUGGCCGUCCUCAACUCGGGCCUGAACCCCAUCAUCUACGCCCUGGGCAGCAGCGAGAUGAGAAAAGCCAUCGCUGAGCUGCUCUGCUGCUGCUGCCUGAGGGCUGGCCUCUGCCACCCAGACACAUUCACAUCAAAGGAGACCAGCAGCACCUCAGAGAGCAGGAGGGACAGUCUGAGGAACAGUUUUAAUAAGGUCAGGAACCUGAGUGUGGCCUCCCCGCCAUCCACCCCAAGCAAAACUCGCAGGGCACCUAGAAAAUAUAGGCUGAGCACCACCACCAGCUGCCUGUCAGUUUCAAGUGGUUAAACCACAACGUUCCCCUCCCAAGUAAACCAACCUGUGUGCACCGAUACACAUCUAACCGUUUCCUCUCAGUUUUGGUUUGAAUGUUCACUGCUUCAUGAAAUGCACAUGCACUGCUGACUAAACGCUCCAAUAAUAUCCUCACAAUAUUCCAGUUUGCAACAAUGUUACAAGAAAUUUUUAUUUUUUUUGCAUAACUAUGCAUUCUUUUGUAACUGUAUAUGAUAAUUUACAUUCACUGUACUUUUCUAUUAUUGCA